AUGUCGGGGUUCCCGGAAGAAAUCACAGUCGAUAUCCUCAAACGCUUACCGAUAAAAUCAGUGUUAAAAUUCAGGUGCGUCUGCAAAAAAUGGUACGAUAUACUCAAUGAUCCUGAGUUUCUUAAGAAACAACAAAAUCAUGAUUUGGGAGACGACGAUUCCACUUUAAUACUUAGAAAAGGCUGUGAUUACUACUCCAUUUCUAAUGAUACAUUCACAUCGAUAGCUUCGUCAUCAUCAUCAGAUGUAGCUAUAUCGUUAUCUGCAAAGGAUGUUAAGGAUCUUGAUUUCCCUAUCAUUUCUCCAAAGACUCCAAUGCCUUUCAUUGAGGAAACUGUUCAGGUUUUGGGUUCUUGUAAGGGAUUAAUUUGCUUUGUCCUUGUUUUUGCUCGUAUCCAUGGUCUUCUUAAUCCAUUUACUGGAGAGUACAGGAAAUUACCAUCACCAGGGUCAUCUAUUCCAUCUGGUAAAUCUUUGUUUUACAAUUAUGGGUUAGGUUAUGAUAGCAAGACUAGCGAUUACAAGUUGGUAAGGAUUGCGAAAUCAGACGAGAAUGUUCCUGAAGUCAAGGUUUAUACAGUAGGUUCAAAUUCAUGGAGGAGCAUUGAAAAUCUUGACAUCCCUUAUGUUUCUUGCAGAGGAACAUCUAGGUUUUUAAAUGGAUGUCUUCAUUGGAUAGCAAAUUAUAGUUUUCAAACACCUCGAGUCAUUGUUUCUUUUGAUUUGGGAAGUGAGACAUUCAAGGAAUUAGCGCUGCCAGAAAAUCUGAGAGGCGGCUCUAAUGUUUGUUUCAGUGCUGCAGGAGGGUGUCUUACGGUACUUUGUAGUGAUCCAUGUCCAUGGGGUCGGUUUGAUGUAUGGGUGAUGAAAGACUACGGACGGAGAGAGUCUUGGACUAGGCUCUUCACCAUUACUGAAAACAUCAAAUCAUUUGAAUAUAUAAUCAGAAGCUUUCGGCACUUAAGGUAA